GUUCGAAAACAGACGAGCAGCUGGGCCGAACUGAAGCCGAAAGCUCUGCAUCGGUCAGCUGAAAGUGUUAAAUCAUGGCGGCGAACGUUGAUGAAUUACUCCUCUUGGAGCGUGUAUUUCUUCGUAUUGGAUCAGCUGAAUCAGACGAACAGCUUCAAAAUGCAGUCAAUAAAUUCCUGCCUGCUGUUCUUCUCAAAUUAUCCAGCCCACAGGAAGGAGUUAGGAAAAAGGUUAUGGAACUUUUAGUUCAUAUCAAUAAGAGACUCAAGAGCCGUCCAUUAGUCCAGCUUCCUGUUGAUUCGCUUCUCGUUCAGUAUCAAGACCCUGCUGCAAGUGCAUUCAUUAUUAAUUUCACAAUCAUCUAUAUCAAGUUAGGAUAUCCAAGACUUGCAAAUGACAAAAAGGCUGAACUAGUCCCCAUGCUUCUCUCUGCUCUGGAUGGGAAACCGUUGCAGCACCGUGAUAGUCUCUUUCUACUCAUCAUGCCAGUACUUGGAAAUGUUAAAAUUCCAAGUGACAAAGCUGUAGUUGAAAAGAUGUUCCGGUUUGGUGAGAAACCUCUGCUAGCGAAACAAUUUGCAGACUUCAUGCUUGACAUGCUGCUUCUCCCCUAUGGAACAACUCUUCCGUUGCCUGAAGAGCCUGGUGAUAAUGCAGCUCAAUCCAACUUGCCUCCUGGACUGUGUGAAUAUGCCCUGAAGAGGCUGAUUGGAGAAGCACCAAUGAAACCCGAGGACUUGGAAGAGACAAAGCUGGGAAUAGUAAAAUUUCUUGCAUCGGGGGUAUACCCAGAUUCUGAUGUUUUGUGCCAUCUAGUGGUUGCAUCUGCUGAUUCACGGUUCAGUGUAGCCAAUUCUGCUGACUUUGAGCUUCGUAAAAUAACAGGGUCCCUUGACUGGUCCAACGUUUCAAUGAUGCAGCCACUGUUUUCCCUUUACCUUGGGACCCCUGCCUCAAAACCAAAUCAACCCAAUGCUGUAAAACCAGAGUUGAAAAGAGCUGCUGCUGGAACCCGUCUUCGUUUGAAGUUGUUGCCAUGCCUUGUCCGAGCAAAGGGACAAGCUGUCAAUUUUCCUCUCUGCAUUCAGGUGUUCUUUGAUUCACUCUUCAGUCAAAACACAAAUACUCGGCUACGAGGCUUAGCUCUCAAUUUUUGUCUGACAGUAAUACGCAAUGUGAAUCCAUCCCUUUUAAGCCAUGUUGCACAUGUUUUACUUUCUGGUUUGCUGAAACUUUUAGCUGAGGGUGAACCUUCUCUGAAAGGGCAAACGUACAAUGUAAUUGGUCACCUCGCCAUAUUUUUCCCUGGACUUGUAAACAAAGAUUUACUACUCCUUACCAACUUCUUAGAGUCUUUGGGAAAGGAGGAAGGUCAGGACCUACGACUGAACAUCCGUGAAGCUCUCCUUACUAUGGUGGAUGCAUUCCGUCCUGAGUCAGCCAAUAGCACUGCGCAUGUUCCUCCAUGUAAGGCGGCUACGAAUGGAUCUGCCACUGCCAACACAGCUUCUUUGUCAAAGGAUUCAGCGAGCUCCCCCUCUGUUCUUCCUCCUGAACUCCUACAACUGCAAAUGCAAGAGCUCCUCACACGGCAGAUAGAAAACCCAGAACCCAUGGUUCGUUUUGUUGUUGUCAGAUAUGCAGCUGUUGCAUUUCCACCCGACCAUGCUCCUUCAAGAUUCUUGCUUCUUUUAGCCAGCGCUGAUAGUAAAGAGGAAGUGUCAUCAGAGGCCAUUUCAUCGCUUUUUAAGGUUGAAGAGAAGCCAUUCAGUGGUAAAAAACUCAGCAAGGAGGAUUUGGAUAAGGAAUUGGUUCUGCCAGCUUAUCCAGACAUGGUGAAAUACAUAUGGGAACAAACCCAGGUUUCCAGGUCUGGAGGGAAAAGUCCUUUUUCUCCUGAUGCAUUUGUACAGAUUGUCAAGUAUCUACGCCUUUGUUUGGCUCGUAGUGCAGGUGUUUUUGUUCCAACCAAUGAAACUUUAACUCAUCCAUCAGAAUUCACGCCAAAUAUUGGCCGCUAUCUCAAGGAAAUUGUGGAUACUAAAGCUGAAACAAUUGACCACUAUCUGGAAAUUGUUCAUAAAUUGUUGUCCACUGCUGCUAGUUCUCUCCCGUUACUAGCCUUGUUGGAGAUUGUAGGUUGUAUUCCACAGGUGUUAGCACCCAAAUUUGUUGAUAAACUACCUGUUUUCAAGGACUUGCUGCAUCAUACUAGUGAAGAAAUACGUGAUCUGGCAGCCCAAAUUUUUGGUAUCUUGUCUGCACAUGGGCUUAAAAUUGAAUCUGAUUUUGACCGGUGCCUAUCUGAACUUGUACAUGACACAUCAAAUAAGAAAACCCUUCUUGAACAGCAACAUGGGCAACUCCUUGCAAUGGCUCAUGCUAUUGAACGAUCUAUUGUUAUUUACCGCACUUCUGGCACUAAAGAUUCUGCUACACUGAAGAAGUGGCCAACGUAUAAAACAGUAAUUCUCACCAUUUACUCGUUUUUGGAAAAUUCAUCACCUAUUUUGGUUGGUGGUGCGUGUUCUGCUUUGGGGCUCUUGGCUCGGUGUGCUGAGCUGCCUUUAACAAGUGGAAAAGGAAGUGAUGAAAAAGAGCCAGGGAAAUUGGAUAUCCUUCUCAAGCUCCAAUCAAUCAUGAACAACUCCAAAAUUCCAGCAAAGGUAAAGGAAAGAGCUGUUAAAGCUAUUGGGCACAUGUGUGUUGGGGAAAGUUUUCCGCAUACGAAAGAAGUAAUUGAAGGCUUCCUUGCCAUGGCAAAAGAGAGUAAAGAUGUGGAAGUUCAUCUUAGUAUUGGAGAAGCCCUAGUGUGUUGCGUUCUUGGCCCUUCAUCACCAGUUUGUAGAGACCCUUGGACGGUCUUGGAGUCUGAGUUCAAACCGUCUGGAAAUGUUGCUGAAGGCGACUUCCAGUGGCUUUUUGACAAACUGUUGAAGAAUAUGGUCAAAGAACCUCAUCCCAAUCAGAAACAGGCAUGCUGUCUGUGGCUUCUCGCUCUUUUGAAGAAUUGCUCCAAGUCGAAAGAUAUUUCUUCCCGCCUACCUGAGAUACAAGCAGCUUUCAUGGAGUUCCUUGGUGAAAAUAAUGACAUUGUUCAGGAUGCUGCAUCUAAAGGACUUGCCCUUGUCUACGAAAGCACUGGACCAGAACAUCGUGACAAAUUAGUUAGUGAGCUCCUUGACACACUGAUGAGUGGUCGAAGAGCAGUUCGGCAAGUCACUGCAGACACUGAAAUAUUUGCUGAAGGAGAAGUUGGCAAAGCUCCAGGCGGAGGAAAUCUAUCUACUUACAAGGAGCUGUGUUCCCUUGCAUCUGAUCUAAAUCAACCAGAUCUCAUUUACAAAUUCAUGCAUCUUGCCAACCACAAUGCUGUGUGGAACUCCAAAAAGGGAGCCGCUUUUGGAUUUUCCUCUAUAGCAGCAUCUGCAGGUGACCAGUUAUCUGCACAUCUUCCUAAAAUAGUGCCACGUCUCUACAGGUACCAGUUUGAUCCUACUCCAAAAAUUCAAAACUCCAUGUCAAGCAUUUGGCAUACAUUAGUGCCUGAAACUUCAAAAACUGUAGAUAAGUACCACAAAGAAAUUUUGGAGGACCUCAUUCAAAAUCUUACCAGUAACCAAUGGCGAGUGAGGCAGUCUUGCUGCCUUGCAGUGGCAGAUUUCAUUAGAGGCAGCAGCAAGCGAUCAAUCAUGGAUGAUCUUGAAUCUCUUCCCAACCUUUGGUUGGCACUCUUCAGAGUUAUGGAUGAUGUCCAUGAUGGGACACGACAGGCUGCCGGAAACACUACCCGUAUCCUCAGUAAAAUAUGCAUCCGUGCUUCUGAUACAAAUCAAGGAAAAUCAGGGCAAGAAAUGGUGAAAACAAUUCUUCCGGUGCUGCUUGAGACUGGCAUUUGUAAUAAUGUUUCAGAGGUGCGCUCAAUCAGCUUGCAAGCUGUGUCACAACUGGUGAAUGUUGCUGGUGCUCAGCUCAAACCGCAUCUUCCUGUCCUACUACCUGCCCUUCUGGAAGCUACAGGCGAGUUAGAGUCAGCUAAUUUGGCCUACCUUAGCACCCGUUAUGGUGCGGAUGCUGACAAACAGGAAAUGAUUGAUUCCGUUCGAGCUGCUGUUGCUAAGUCUCACUACAGCACUGAAACAAUGACAAAGUGUCUCCAAUAUGUUGACUCUGAGAUCCUGGAAAAGGUUAUCCCACGAAUUUCAGAAAUGUUAAGAACAUCUAUUGGCCUUGGCACCAAAGUUGCCACUACUCACCUUAUUGUGCUUCUUUCUGGUACUAUGAAAAUUGAACUUCAACCAUAUGCAGGAAAGCUGUUAGGUGUCUUAGUGAACGGAUUAUUAGAUCGAAAUGGAACAGUUCGAAAAUGUUAUGCUACAGCCAUUGGACAUAUUGUGAGCUCUGCAAAGGAAUCAAGUUUAGAGAAGCUUUUUGCCAAGCUCCAGGAUUGGUAUUUCCAGAAAGAAGAUGAAAAUGUUCGUUCUGCUAUUGGACUGACAUUCCGUGCAGUUGCUCAACAUAAUCAAGACAUUCUCAUUAAUUAUAUGGACAAGGUUGUUCCACUCACUUUCUUUGCAAUGCACAAGAAAAAGACACCAGAAACAACGGCGGCUGUUGAGGUUUGGGAGGAUGUCUGGUCAGAGGCCACACCUGGCACAGAAAGUGCAUUGCGGAUGCACAUGGGCCCUGUGUGCUCACUUCUCAAGGAAUCCUUAGAGUCACAGUCAUGGACUAUUAAAGAACAGGCUGCUAAUGCUAUUGGAACUUUGGCAACCAAAAUGGGGGCAACAUUGCAAGCGAACCAGAGAGCAGAAUUAAUUGAGAUCCUUCUCUUGGGAUUGUCGGGCCGAACCUGGCAGGGGAAAGAAAGUCUUCUACAAGCUCUUGCCUCUCUAUCUACAAGCUGCCGGGAGGCUUUGAUGCUGCCUGAAAAUGCGCAAGUUGUGGAAUCCAUAGUUAAUGCAGUAUUAAAAGAGUGCAGGAAGGAACAACCAGAUUACAAAUUAAAGGCCUUGCCAGCUCUUGCAACCAUUCUUCACGCGCUAGAAGUCGACCGUUUUAGUGACUUUUAUUCUAUUGUCAAGGAAUAUUUCUCCGAGCAAAAGGUGGAAGAAGAGGAUGAAGAAACUGAGAAAGAAAGCAACAAUGCAGACACUGCUGCGGAGAACUCUGCAAAACGUGAGGAAUGGAUGCAGUUCCGUGAGGUUUCUUUUGAAGCUUUGGGAAAAGCCUGGCCUACAGUUCCUAAAACCCAAGCUGAGUUCCAGUGGGAAGUGCUUCACGCCAGUAUGACAUGUUUAAAGGAUAGCACACGUCAGGUCCAAGGAGCUGUUGUGGGUGCCUUGUCUAGUUUCGUCGACCGACUCAGUGUUUUGGACCCCUCCUCUCCAGUAUCCAAAAAUGAGUCUGUUGCCUUGGAGCUUUCUAAGAUAGUGGGUGAACUUGAGAAAGCUUUACACUUUUCUCUAGGAAUUGCCCGAAACACUCGCAUUCGCAAGGAAUCACUAAAUAUCCUAUUGACCUUAGCCAAGAAGCUCGAGUCUUGUGGACACAAGGACCUCAACACUCGUUUAGCAUCCUCUUUCUCCGGUACCCUUGUCCAGCUGUCUAAGGAUCACACGCCUGAAGUGAAAUCCAGAGUGAUCGAUUUGCGAGAAUUCUUGAAGAAAUAUGAGCCUGAAGCCUAAAGAAUUAAUUUGUUUUUCUUCCAAUAGAACAAUAAUGUGAUAACCUAUGACACAGGAAGUUGUAACAAAAAGGUUUUUAAUCAACGAAUUGCAUGAUGUAAAGGUCCUACUGCUAAGUGAAAUGAAACAGUAAUUCAUGCAGCUAAAUCACAUACUCUUUGCUCAAUGUUUUUAACUCUUUGGGUCAUUGUAUGAUUUAAUUCAUAUGUAUAGGUACAUGCACUCUCUUUGGAGGUCUCCUUUGACUUACCAGAGUGUGUUUUUCAGAUGUUUUGUACUUGUUUGAAGGAACAAUGUACAGUGCUCUGUGAUUUUAGUUUGUCCCUUAAGCAAUUUAAUGAUUUAUUUAACAUGGUAAUUCUAUGUAUACUUGACUGAUUUGACUGUAGCAAUUGAAUUGUUCAAGACAGUUUUAUUAUCAACUGGUCCUGUGUAGUAUAUGUACUGACUAAAAUAAUGUAUUUUAGUAGGUGGAAGGGGAAAAAAUGCACUGGUCUAAAAUUUUAAAAAAAUUUAAAAAAAUAAUAAAAAAGCAUGUCAAUAUU